AUGACGCCUACAAAACUCAAGGUUGGUGUCGCCGGUCUCGGACGCAUGGGCAAGCGACAUGCACUCAAUUUCUUCCAAUCCGUGCCCCGUGCAGAGCUCGUUGCCGUCUCUACACCAGAUGCAGAAGAGCGGGAAUGGGCCAAGGAACACCUGGGACCUUCUGGAAUUGGAAUCUAUGAGCAUUACGAUGACAUGCUAAAGCACAAUGGGUUGGAGGCCAUCUGCGUUGCCUCCGCCACCGCAGUUCAUGCCGCACAGGCGAUUGCUGCCAUUGAGGCCGGCAAGCAUGUUCUAUGCGAGAAACCACUGGCUACGUCUGCUGAAGUGUCGCAAACGGUUGUUGAUGCUGCCGCCCGUCGACCAGACCUCAAAGUCAUGUGUGGCUUCUCCAGACGCUUCGACGACAGCUACCGCGAUGCGUAUUCCAAGAUGAAGGCCGGACUCAUUGGUCGACCUUCAGUUUUCCGAAGCCAGACCUGCGACAUGCUUGAUCCCUCUGGAUUUUUUGUCGCCUACGCUCAGUUUAGCGGUGGCAUUUUUGUCGACUGCUCCAUUCACGAUAUCGACUUGGCGCUAUGGUUCUUUGGAGAAGACGGCGAAAGCAAGGUCAAGUCGGUUAGUGCCGUUGGCAUCACGGCCGUGGAGCCAGAUCUGCGCAAGUACAACGACCGUGAUAACGCCGUCGGUCUGAUUGAAUUCGUCGACGGCCGAAUCGUCUACCUAUACUGCUCCAGAAUGAUGGCUGCCGGCCAAGAAGACACUACCGAAAUAAUUGGCACCAAGGGCAAAAUUGGUGUCAACACGAUCCCUACUGCAAACCUGGUCCGCGUCUACGAACCUAAUGGCAUUAGGCAUGAAGUUCCCAAGACCUACUGGGAUCGAUUCAAGAAUGCUUUCAACACUGAGGCUAACGAGUUUACUGCUUGCUGCCUCGAUGACACGGAGGUGCCGGUGAAGUUGGCAACUGCCGUGGCAGCCGUCAAGAUUGGAGCAGCUUUGCAAGAGUCUAUGGUUUCGGGCGAUAAGAUCUGGUUCAACAAGGAGGGAGAGCGUGUUGAGAGAUCUCGGCUGUAA